AUGAAACCGGAGGCCAGUGGCGCUUUGGGGAACUCGUCCCUAGACACAAGUGUGCUGGAGGAGUUCUCUGGCAAUGAUUUCAAUGUGGGCGCCUUCCGACCCGCGCCAGCCCUGCGCCUGCUCGGCUCGGGGUCUCCUACCAGUCUGGAUGACACGCCAGCUCCCUCUCCCUGCGCUACAUCAGACUCCUACUCUCCUCCACAGGUCAAAGGUGCAUGCUGCCGGACUCUGAGGACACCGGCUGCUGUCCACCACUUGGCUGCCGCACCCAACACACUGCCUGCACACCCCGCGCAGUGUCCUGACCUGAGCGACGCAAGCCUUAUUCACAGAGGCUCUCACAACUGCUACCCAGAAGCCGGUCAACCCACGACCGCCCUGGAUCAGUCUGUGCCCUCUCAUCUGGGGACAAGUUGUUCUUACCAUUAGCAGCCUCUGUGCCUCAACACUGGGUGUGAAAUGUAUACCUGCAUGGACCUAGUUUUGCAGGACCCCUGGGACUGUCCAGUGUGGGCCCGGGACUCUGGACCAAUGAUGAGCAGGAGUCACAGCAGCGAAAUGCAAGACCAUGACAGUGAGGCUGCUGACCAGGGCUCUCAGGCUCUGAAGUGGCAGCCAUACCAAAGUGUUCCUUGGCAUAGUUUAUUGAAUGGCCAUUAUGAAAAACUACCCAAUGUAGGCUUCCGAGUUGUCGCAAACAAAGGGUUCAAUUUUUAACUGGCAGAUGAAGCUUCUGUUUGCCAAAAGAAGAACCAUUUCCAGAUAACCAUUUGUAUCCAAGUUUGGGGAAGUGCAAAAUUUGUCAAAACCCAUGAGCCAAUAGACAUGUUUUACUUGAAAGCUUUCGGGGUUAAGGCAGAAGCCACCAAUCAAGUAAUUGCUAUUGAACAAUCCCAAGCAGAUAGAAGCAAAAAGAUUUUCAAUCCUGUGAAAAUUGACUUACUGGCCAACCACGUCCCCAAAGUAACAUUGGGCCAACUACGCUUCAGUGAAACCACAGCAAAUAACAUGAGACAGGAAGGGAAACCAAAUCCUGACCAGAGAAACUGCAGGUGGGUGGUUGGACUGCAGGCUGCUCACCAAGGCCAGUUCUAUCUGCUGUCUGCCCACAUCUCCAAAGGGAUCAUUGUAAAGGCCUCUAACCCUGGGCAAUUUGAAAAUGACAGUGAUCCAUUAAGGCAGCGAGGACAAGUUCCAGAAUCUGUUGUCUGUUAUGGUCGAGUGGGAAUAAACACAGAUGCCCCGGAGGAGGCCCUGGUCGUCUGUGGCAACAUGAAAGUGAUGGGGAUAAUAAUGCAUCCCUCUGACAGCUGGGCAAAGCAGAAUAUCCAGGAGGUUGACACAAACAAAGAGCUGAGAAGAAUAGCCCAAAUGAGGGUCGUUGAAUGUGACCACAAACCUGAGUUCGCGUCUGCGAUGGGCAUAAAUGCUGCCCAUCAAACAGGUACACAUGCACAUUCCCUACUUAAUUUUGUAUUAGAUCCCAGAGCCGUGAGAGAAGUAGGUGAUAUCACCUGCAAAAACGGAGAGAUGCUGCAGAAUUUCCUCAUGGUCGAUAAGGACUGGAUCUUUAUGGAAAAUGCAGGUGCAGUGAAGCAGCUCUGCAAACUAACCAACGACCUUGAAGAAAGAAUAGAGGCGUUAGAAAUAUGCAACUGAAAGCUGGCCAGGCUAAAGCGGCUCAGUAGCUGGAAGCCCUCAGCCAGUGAAGCCAGCUCAAUCAGCAAAUUUAGCAGAGCUGUUAGAGCUCCUCCAAGAAGGGCCAUUCCCAAAAGAUCCAACAAGGUUUAUUCUGCAGGAAGAAAACGGUGGUGUCCCACCUGGGUGUCCCAGACUGUGGCUAUCACUCUCAUUGCUGUGAUGGCAUUUGGUGCCUUGAUGAUAGUCUCCCUUUACAUACUUAGCUUGAAAGAUCAAGACCGACGUGACCCAAGUCUCCUCCCGAGCAAUAUCACAAGCUCUCAGGAGCCGGCCCUGCUGCCCACAGCCACCUCCUCCUCCUCAGUGCCUACGAUGACGUCUCUGGCUGCCACAGAAUCCUUCUUCCAAAUUCCAGCAAUCACUUUCUGUGAGAUCCUGCCACGUCGGGAGAUCUAUUGCUGUCCCGUCUGGGGAACAAGAAGAAUCCUCUCCAGUCCUGUGUGAAGACAGUCCAAGGAAAUGGAACCUCAUCAGAGGUUAUGGGCAGCAGACAGACACACGCCAUUCUUGGCAGGAGAUGAGCUAACUAGCCCUGACCUGGGGAGUGACUGGGUCGAUACAACUGUCAGUUCUAUUCAGAUUCUGGAAAUCCAGCAAAUAAUAGAUGGUUGGUAUUGCAGUAGAAGGUUCCAUUGUGGGUCUGGAAAUUACAAUUACGAUAUUCCUGUUAAUAAGCACGCACCCACCAAUGUCAAAUUCUCUCUGAAAAUCAACACAGCAGAGCCAUUGAUAGUCUUCCAGUGCAGAUUCACCCUUGGAAAUAUAUGUUUCCAGAGGGAAAGAGAAGCCAAAGGGGUGUGGAACUACGGAGAAGUCUCCCAGGAGACGAAGCAGGGAGAUCAGCACAUUUGGAGCCUCCCUGCAGCCCGGUUCUUCGAGAGCGCAUACCAUUUCCGUGUAGCUGCACCGGAUUUAUCUGACUGUUCAACGGACCCUUAUUUUGCUGGGAUCUUCUUUACAGGUUACUUCUUUUAUUUCUAUCAACACUGUGCCUAAUUUGUUCAAGUCUG